AGUGAGAGAAGUAGUUAUUUUUGCGCGUUGAAGUAUAAAGGUUGAGUAUUUGUUUUUUUAACGCAGUCGCAGUGGUACUCUAUGCAUGGCAUAAUUUUCCCUGUAGAUCAUUGAUGAAGUUAUGAAUUUUGAUUUUUUGUACUAACUUCUCAAUCGUACAACUACAACAAGAAUGAAGGAGGCAGCUGUUAGGUGCGAUCCUCAUCUUUGACGCGAACAAGAGCUUUGCCAGGCUUGCGACGCUAGGAAACUCCGCAUUCAUUCCUGUCCAGACGCUGCAGCAAGUCCUUUCUUUCUACUGUCACCACAGGUUUCGGGGUCCGAGUUCCGACCGUCCCUGCGACGCUAAGAGCGCAGUUUCUGCGAGCACGAGCGCUACGACAAGAUGAUUCACUUUGUCCUUAUGGUGAACAAGCAAGGGCAAACGAGGUUGAGUCAAUAUUACGAAUUCCUGUCAAUAAGGGAGCGCGCGCAGCUAGAGGGAGAACUCAUACGGAAAUGCCUAUCCAGGCAUGAGAACCAGUGUUCCUUUCUGGAGUACCGGAACUACAAAGUGGUCUACAGACGAUAUGCUUCGUUGUACUAGAGUUUUACUUCUACAGACGAUAUGGAUAUGCUUCGUUGUACUAGAGUUUUACUUUUACUUUUCUUUUUUCGGUUUUUGUUUUUUCUAGUUAGAUAUGCUCCACCAACAUCAUUGUCUUUGUCACGAUGGCGAUUCCAGCUUUUGUUUCAAAAUGGGAUAGCCGAUAGCGAAGAUACUCACAUAGUCCCAGCACUGGUACAUGUACAUGCUUCUUCAGGUACUUCAUUAUUGGGUGUGACCACGAGGAAAACGAAUUGGGAUACCUCGAGUUCAUCCACACGUUGGUGGAGACGUUGGACAAGUACUUCGAAAACGUCUGCGAGCUGGAUAUCAUGUUCAAUUACGAGAAAGGGUUACAAAUGAUUGAAGCAUAGCGGUAGUUAGUAUGAGACCUACUGGUUGUACUACUAGUCUGUAGUAGAGCUCAAAGAACGCACUACUAAUAGUACCAGUUGUACCAGAACAACAAAAAUAACUAGAAUUUUUUGCGCCACUACUAGUGCUUGGUAGUCGUGGUGAAAAAGUAUCCCACUGUCCUUUACAACAGUGAAAAAUGUAGUCCCUUCACAUCUUCUAAUCCGAUCUCGAAAAAGCGCAUUUUAUCUUGGACGAGAUGGUCCUCAACGGUUGCAUCGUUGACACGAACAAAUAUAACGCUUUAAACCCGCUCUAUUUAAUGGAGAAGCACAGUGUCGGAACAUGACAACAUCUCCGAGAAGCACAACUGCGCAGCUUUAUGUCAUGGACAAUUGCGUCUUACGAGGGCGGACUGCGCGACUCGAUAGAAGAAAAUCUCAUUCGAAUAUGUGUGAAGUUCAUCACGACCCUGCUGCUACGCCAUUCUUGAAAAAUGAAGACCCCUCAUGUGAACAUCAAUCCCCGAUUUCCCUCUGGCAACAUCCUUCGAAAUUACAGAACUAGAAGUAUGCUCCUCUUGUGCACAU